AUGUCUCUGGCGUCACCUGAAAAUGAACAAUUUUCGAAUAUAGGUAGAUUCAUUCAGCGUCUCCACUUUUCACAGUCGAAUGACUGCAAACAGGAAAUUCUAAAAGCAGAAAGUAAAAGAUCUGCAAGAGAAAUCAGAAUAAAACUACUCGCUUCUCAGAUGGUAAAACCACCCUCUACUCUUCUCAUUAUAAUCUUUUUGUAUGCUACUAAAAAAGCAGCAGCAGCAGCAGUAGUAAGAGUAGUCACUCAACCAUAA